GUAACAUGCAACGAUAGUAUUAAUCGUUACCACUGGAUUACGGUCGAGAAACAGUAUCGCGCUAACUCGCAACGUGAAAUGAUCUCAAUCGCAUAAGCUUGAUAGCAAAUGAUAGUGAAUUUAAUGAGUAGAAAAGAAAACAAAAAUAAUAUUAAUAAUAAUAAUACACCGAGUGUAAAUAUAAUAUCUAUUUUCUACGAUUUCAUUUGAAUAACGUGUGUAAAAAAGUUAUUUAAAAAAAAAAAAAAAGAAAAAAAAAAUAAAAAAAAAAUAAAAAAAUAAAAAAAGAUCCAAUAAUAAGAAAUAAUCAUGAGCUUGUUACUUUUCGUACUCGUACUAUGUGGAUUAUUGGCAUUGUAUAUUUAUUGUCGCAGGAUAUAUAGUUAUUGGGAUAGACAAGGUAUACCAGUGGCACCUUAUUCCAUACCAAUCGUUGGUCACCUGUUACCAUUGUUAUUAUUGCAAAAAAAUAUCUCACAAUUGGUAAUAAGUUGGUACGAACGUUACAAGAACAAUAGUAUGGUUGGUUAUUACGAUGGCAUGGUACCGGGAUUGAUAGUACGAGAUCCUGAAUUGAUUAAAAUGAUCUUACAAACGAAUUUCACGAAUUUCCAUGAAAAUGCAAUGAAGGUUGACCAAGACGUUGAUCCAUUGAUGGCUAAGAAUCCAUUUUUUUCGAAAGGCGAGAUAUGGUUGGUUGGUAGAAAAAGAUUGACCUAUGCGUUUUCGAGUAUGCGAUUGAAAAUAUUGUCAGAGACCGUACAGAAAGUUUGUAAAAAGUUUGACGAUUAUUUGUCUCGAAAGAUUAAAGACGAUCAAAGGAUCGAAUUUGAGACCAAAGAUCUAUUUGGUAGAUUUACAGGAGAAGUUGUCGCCAAUGCAGGAUACGGCAUUGAAGGUUUUUGUUUCGAUGAUAAUUAUAAUCCACAAUCGUUUCAUGAAAUUGGUAAAAAGAUAUUUAAGACUACCUGGUUUCAUGGUACAUUGCAAUCAAUAAUGUUCUUUCUUCCAUUUUUAAAUAAUUAUUUGAAAAUACGAUUAAUACCAAAGGACAUUGAUCAUUUCUUUCGAACGAUCGUUAAACAGGUGAUCGAUAAAAGACGAGAAGAGAAUGAAAAGCGUAAUGAUUUUUUUCAAUUAAUGGUCGAUCUUGAAAAUAGUGAGGGUCAAAAGUUCGACGAGGAAUCAUUGUCCGCACAUGCAUUAUCAUUCUUCGUCGAUGGUUACGAAACAUCAUCGGCUACCUUGAGUUUCAUUUGUUUCGAAUUAUCGAUACAUUGCGACAUACAAGAAAAACUUAGAAAUGAAAUCAAACAAGUAUUGGAUAAACAUCAAGGAGAGAUUACUUAUGAUUCCUUAAAAGAGAUGACGUAUCUGGAUCAAGUUAUUAACGAAUCACAAAGAAUGCAUACGUUGUUGGAUAUAAUGGGAAAAAUGUGUACCGAUAAUAUCGAAUUGAAAGCUAACGAUGGAUUAAAUUGUAAAAUUGAAUCAGGUACAAAAAUAAUUAUACCGAUUAAAUCAUUACAAAGAGAUCCUAAAUAUUGGAUCAAUCCGGAAGCAUUUGAUCCAGAUCGAUGGAACGAACAAAGGAAAUCUGAAAUUAAUAAAUAUUGCUUUUUACCGUUCGGUGAAGGGCCAAGAAUUUGUGUUGGCCUUAGGAUGGGAUUGUUACAGGUCAAAGCUUCACUUGCUACACUAUUAAUGAAAUAUAGAAUAGAAAGAAAUCCAAGAACAUCUUAUCCAGUAAAAAUUGGCCUUUUGGGUGUAUUAUCGACCCCUAUAGACGGCCUUUGGGUUUAUCUGAAACGUCUAUAAAAUAAAAUCCAUUGAAUUAAAAUUAAUGACAAAAUCAGGACACAAUUCAGAUUCAACCAGGAUGCAAUCAGGGCAUAAUUCCUGAUGCAAUCAGGAUGCAACCAGUUAUAUAAUAUUUUAUCUUGAACCUUACAGCUUAGUUAUAUUAAUUUUUAUCUUUUAAAUGAGGAUAAUAUGGGUGUAAGAAUAUUUGAUAAAGGAGAUUUUUGAUUUCUUUCUAUUUUUCCUUUUUUCUUUUUUUUUUUUUUUUAGCCAUGAAAUCGGUAAAAAAAUAUUCAAAGAUGCCAUUGCGACCCUAUUAAUGAAAUAUAAUAUAGAAAGAAAUUCAAGAAUUGAAUAUCCAAUUGAUAUCGACGUUUUGACUAUACUCUCUAUACCUACUGGCGGACUUUGGAUUUAUCUUAGACGUCUUUAAAAAAAAAAAUAUAUAUAUAUAUAUUCAAAUCAAAUCUGCAAAUGAAAUUUACAAGCAAUCCAUAUAUAAUCAGAAUGCAACAAAAGGAAAUAAUCCAGAUGCAAUCUGAUUGCAACCACAACACAAUCUAAACGUAAUCAGGAUUGUAAACUAGGACAAAAUUCAGGCGCAAUCGAAAUCGCAAUCAAGAUUUUAUCCAAACUCGAAGUAAUUAUAAUUUCACUCUUUUGCUAUCAUAAGUUAUAUAAUUAUCUAGCUUUGUUAUUGAUAUAUUAAAAGAGAGGGAGAGAAAA